AUGCAAAAGAAAAAUCGAAAUAUGACUGAGGCAGUGGAAUAUGCAGCAUCGAGCCCUGCAAUCAUUGAUGAAAUCACUACAGAAGAAAACAUUAAGAAUUGUGUGGGAUAUAAAGCUGAUCCUAAUGAGACUAGUCUCGUCGUAUGCACCUGGAAAGGGUGUAAUAGGUAUUUCACUAAGAUGGAUAAAUUUAUAAACCAUCGCAGCCGUGAUCAUAACACAACGGAUGCAGUAACAGAUAUCUGGAUGUUUGGUAAUAUGAACAAGGGAGAAAUACCAGUCAGCAAUGCUACAAAAACGUUAGAAAGUGUUGGUUCACCCAAUAUAUCGAAGACAUCUACGCAUUUGCCAGUCAUUCCUUUUGCGACUAAAACAGAAAAACCGGAGAUAGAAAAUCAAAACAUGCCAGAUGUUCCUAUUCGAAUUACAGCAGUUACUGGAUUUCCAAGACCUCAAAAACUAACGAAAGACCAACAAGAAAUUCAAAAUUCGAUAGAUACAUCAUUAAAUUCAAACAAACGUCCCCGUGAUCCAACUCAAACCGAAGAGCUAAAGAAAGAAUUGGCUAGUAAUAAAAAAAGAGAAAUAACACAGGCGUUGCCACAAUUUCCUGGUCAUAAUAAUAAUGAAAUGCGUCAACCACAAAGACAGAGGCGAUAUCCAAUAGAUGAAGAACAAUUAAUUGGACCAGAUGGGCGUAUAAGAUAUCCACCAAGAGGAAAUCGAAGUCAAAAUGCUAGUCCAAUGUAUGGAAUACCAUAUGAUACAGGAGAUCCUCGUUACUAUAAUGCUAUGCAACUACAUCAUAUGAACUUUGGACUUUCUCCCUAUGGUGAAUUGUCGCCACCACCUCCUCCGCGUUAUGAUGGUGGUUAUGGUGAUAUACCAUAUGGUCAAUUUUAUGGUGGUGGGAAUCGAAGAUUUUUAAACAGUACCCCACCACCUCCUCCUCCUCAGCGACGGUCAAGAUAG